AAAUCACCCCCAAAUUCGGUGAAACCCUAAAAAUUAGGGUUUUGGGAACUCGACUGGUCCAUUUUCCCUUCCUUCGUCGCCCAACCUAAAUCAUGGCCGAAGUAAUUUCAGAAGCUCCCCAGUCAAUCGAAGAGAAGACCGAACGCAUGGAAGCUUCUUCUGGUCCCGAAACCCUAGCUUCAAAGAGGGGCAGAGAAGAGGAGGAAGAGAACCGGGACGAGAUCCCCAAGAAGCCGAAGGUCGACGAUGAGUCGACGAAGGAGGCAGAGAUCGAGAUGAAGGGGAAAGAAGAGGAGAAGCCUUCGAGUGCGAAGCUGGGACCGAAGGAGUUUGGAUCGGGGGAAGAUAUGUUCGAUUACUUCUUCAAGUUCCUUCACUACUGGCCUCCCAAUCUCGAUGUCAAUAAGUACGAGCAUCUGGUCUUGCUGGAGUUGCUUAGAAAGGGUCACACAGAAUCUGACAAGAAAAUUGGUGGUGGAAUCCAAGCAUUCCAGGUUCGAUAUCAUCCAAUGUGGAAGAGCCGCUGCUUCUUCCUUGUGAGAAUUGAUGGUUCCAGUGAUGAUUUUAGCUUCAGAAAAUGUGUUGAUCACAUGCUUCCUCUGCCGGAGAAUAUGAAAAUCCAUUCCUCAUCAGAUGGAAACAAGAAGUUCGGUGGACAUAAUAAGGGAGGAGGUCGUGGAGGAGGAAGAGGUGGACGAGGAGGCAGAGGCAGAGGCAGAGGCGGGUUCAGGAAAUGAGAGCUGAGAUUAUUUUUGGAGAUUGUAGUUUUUCUAUUACAAUUUUAGAGAAUUUGACAAUGAGUCGGCGGCUUAAAGAAGUGCGAUACAAACUGUAAGUUUGUAUUGCCAAUUUUUGUAAUGUUGAAAUUUACUAGAAUUUGCGUGCUUUUAUGUUGUACCCAUGUGUAUUUCUUUUGAGAUUUUGGACAUCUGUCAGUUUCAUCUUUUUGGCGUAUCAAAGGCCUUAAGAUAUUUUCGCUU